GCAAAAACUGUUGGUAGGAAAAGCCUCUGCAUCCUGAACAACCUAAGAAUAUCAGGAGCAGAAAACAUGAAGAUCAUUCUAGUCUUUCUAUUCAUUGCCCCACUUGCUCUUUCAGCUGGAGCUGAGGAGUAUUCCUCCUCGGAUUCUGCAGCAGCUCCUGAGACAAAAUCAAGAUUUGCCAUGUUAGAUGAUGUACGAAUCUUAGCCAAUGGACUCCUCCAGCUUGGGCAUGGUCUUAAAGACUUUGUCCACAAGACAAAGGGGCAGAUGAAUGACAUCUUUCAAAAACUUUACAUUUUUGAUAGGUCCUUUUAUGAGCUCUCACUGCAAACUAGUGAAAUCAAAGAAGAAGAGGAACAGCUCAGACAAACCACGGCCAGACUGCAAAUCAACAACGAAGAGAUGAAGAAUCUCUCACAGGAGAUGAAUUCGAAGAUUGAAGACCUCAUCCAAAACAAAAUCCAGCUGCAAGAGCAAGUAUGGGGACUGGAAGACAAAGUCACAAAGCUGGCUAUUAUCCAGCCUUCAAUGCAAGAGACAGAGGAGAUUUCUUCACUCAAAGCUUUCGUGGAGCAGCAGGACAAUGACAUCAAGCAACUUCUCAAAAUCGUAGAGGACCAGCAUGUAGAACUUGACAAACAGCACAAUCAAAUCAUGGAGCUCGAGGACAAGCUCAACCACAUAGAGCUCCAGGAACUUGCUGAUAAUUCCUUCAUGGAGGAGCAAAAGGAGCCAGAGACCACCCCCUUCCUUGUGCACAAUGUCACCGCUGUGAGACGCGGAUCUGACGGUGCUGCUCCUGACUGCACUGCUCUGUAUAGCAGUGGCAAACACUCCAGUGGUGUUUACACCAUUAAGCCCAACGGCUCAGAAGCUUUUGAUGUCUACUGUGAAAUGAAAUUUGGCACUUCCUGGACUGUUAUUCAGAAGAGAGUGGAUGGAUCACUGGAUUUCAACCAAAGCUGGGAUGCCUACACAAAUGGUUUUGGUGACCUAAAUGACGAAUUCUGGCUGGGCCUGAACAAGACCUACUCCAUUACCAAGCAAGGGGACUACAUCUUAAGGAUUGAGCUUCAAGACUGGAAGGACAACAGGCGGCACAUCGAUUAUGCCUUCAGCCUGGGGGGCCCUGAAACAGGCUACACCCUCCAGCUGGCACGGGUGUCUGGGAGCAUCCCCAACGCCCUGCCCGAGCGGACGGACCUGCGCUUCUCAACGGCAGACCACGACCUGGACAUAGCAAAUGACUUCAACUGCCCAGAAAACUACCUAGGAGGCUGGUGGCACAGUGAAUGUGAGGAAACCAAUCUGAACGGGAAAUAUGUGGCACCAAGGUCAAGAGGAAGGCUGGAGACAAGAAAAGGCGUGUACUGGAAGCCCAAGAAAGGAAGAUACUACUUGCUCAAGUCAACCAAAAUAAUGAUACACCCAACAGACUUAAAAAGUUAUGAGUGA